AUGUUCACGAAGCAAACGGAUCGUCACGAAUUCUCUCUUGCAUUCGUAACACUGAGGUCGCUUGCGCACUUGAUGUUCGCGGUUUCGAUGUCGGAUGGCGACCUCGAUUCUCCGAAAUAUCUAUGGGAAAUAAUCAAACAUCGAAAUAGGACAAGAGUGUGGCUUGCAGAAGAGGAUCAGAAAAACUCUUGUCCACAUAUUGUGCGAUGA